AACUAAAUCUUAUCACAACCAUCAGCAGCAAAAUUCAUUUAAUUUCGUGGCCAAUAUAAAAACAAUGUCGGAUAUUAUUGUUUUGGGAUCCUGUAGUGUAGAUUUCACUUGUUUUGCUGCAAGGCUUCCAAAAGCGGGUGAAACUAUUCAUGGCAAAAAAUUUAUGACCAGUUUUGGAGGCAAAGGCGCCAAUCAAUGCGUUUCUGCUGCCAAAUUGGGUGGAAAAACUGCACUAAUAGCAAAUCUUGGGAAUGACAAAUGGGGCAUCGAAUACAAAACGUAUUUAGAAAAAUUAAGCAUCAACACUGCACAAGUACAUCUAAAAUCAGAUUAUGAUACUGGAAUAGCCCAUAUAUCCGUAGCAGAAUCUGGUGAAAAUCAAAUAAUUAUUGUAGCCGGUGCAAAUGGUAGCCUUACACCUGGACAUGUGGAAACAAUGAAAGAUGUUUGGGAUUCUGCUAAGAUUUUGGUGUGCCAAUUGGAGACACCCAUAGAUGCAACUCUGGCAGCUCUAAAACACUUCAAAGGAAUAUCUAUUUUAAAUGCUGCUCCAGCUCAACCUUGUACAAACGAUGAUUUGUUGAAGUUGCCAUCAAUUUUUUGUGUGAACGAAGUAGAAGCAUCUAUUAUAUCAGGAAUUGAUGUUAGCAAUGUAGAAGAAGCAAACACAGCUAUUUCUAUAUUUUUGCAAAGAGGUUGCCGGACAAUUAUCGUAACUCUGGGUGCAGAAGGGGCAGUUUUUGCCAGUCAAGAAGAUCCAGUUCCAAUUUUUGUUCCUGCAAAGAAAGUUGCUCCUACUGAUACAACGCCGAGCGGUUUAAGUGACCGCAUACUCGGUGAAAUCACUCUGGAGGCACAAGGUGAGACGGAUCGAGUCCAGCUGAAGGCGACGACGACGAACUCUGAGGCUGAAAAAAUGGAGCAGUGCUGGUGGCUGGCUGGUGGCAGGCGCAGAGAGAGAGAUCCUGAUACGAACACACGAAGUGAUGGUCAACCUGAGGUCCAUGAUACAAGAGGUCACACGCAGGGAGACACAUUGCGGAAGAUGCAUGCCGAAUCCAAAAAUCUACCGAAAAACCACAACAUGAAAAAAAAAUGA